AUGGCACAUGUAACAGAUAGCGUACCCCAGGGAGGUACCCAAAUGGGAGAAUCCUCCACAGACCCGUCUAACGGCUCUGUCUGUCCCGCGUAUUCUGGGGGGGACAACAUUUGCCACAAUUCUACCAACGACCAAACGCGCGAAAACCGGAUACCGAUUAUUGAUACUAACCGAUUGGAUGAUGUUUUUAAAAAGAAGGAUGGAAAUACUCCUUGUGAUGUAGAGUCGCUGGGUUCUAUGCCCGGCACAUCCGCAUCACUGGAACCUUGGUCCUCCAGGCUGAGGAAAAUUGAGAAGCGGCAGUAUGAGGCGGCGUCCAGUGACGAUAAGUUGCUGCCGCCUCCCAAGGUGCCGACGAAGGCCAAGGAAAAGUCUGGCCGUCAUGGAAGGGGACGCUUUUGGCGGCCAAGUACGUCGCGCUUAAGUGACGAAAGCGAUACGGACACGUCUCAGGCCUCGAUUGAACCAAGCAUCAGACGAGUCUCUGAAGCGAUGGACGUGGAAGCCGCAUGCUCCUUACUGCCACCUACGGGCACCGACAGCUCGGUGGCAGGACUGGAGCGGACAGGCAUCCAGAAUGUGGAGGUUCUUCUGGAGUCCAUCCGGAAAUCAAAGAACCUUAAAGGUACGAGUCAACGUACCAUGAGAGAAGCGGCGGAGCAGGUGCGCUGCUGCGUCGAGAUGCUCGCUGCCAGGAGUACCACAGAGGAGACUAGCCGCCUCCAGCUGGAAAUCCAGCGCCUGAGGCAGCAGGUUGGAUCCCAGGACAAGGAGAUUGAAGCUCUCAAAGAGGAGAUGCUCUCGUUGCGUCUCCACUCAGUUAACUUGCCACGUCAGCAACCGCAGCCGUCGAUACCUUCCACCCCGGAAAAGUCCACAGUAGACGACGAGCUGCUGCGUGGCGUUAUUGACCGCGUAGGCAAAAUGUUGGAUGCUCGUAUGGCGGGGAUUGAAGAUCGCCUUCUACCACAGGUGAAUCUUCGCCCUCCAUUAGCAGCCGAUCGAAAGACGGCAGCCCAGAAACAGCGGCAGAGUUCUGCGGCUGGUACAAGCCAGGCGUCCGCAACCGCAACUGUCAUCGCGGCAACUCAAGCCUCAGUCUCAGAGGCACCGUCGUCUGCGCAACCACAGCAGGAGUGGCAAACUGCCUCUAAUAGGAAGAAAGACAGGAAGAAUAAAAAGAAAGCGGUUACGUCGAAAGAGGCCGCUGCCACCAUCUUAGGCGGUGCUAAGCCCUCGUCGUCACAAGCCAAAGGACGGAAGAAAAAUAAAAAGUCACGGAAUCGACGCAGAAAGCUUCGCGAACCGAAGUCAGCUGCCCUGGCCAGACAAGCGGCCAAUCAUGAAGAGAACGGUAUCACCGACAUCAGAUACCGUCGAGCUGCAACGGGGGCUCGACUUUUUGAGUUCACGGGAGCCAAUGGUGCUGCAGAAGCGGAUCGUGUAGCUGAACAACUGCGCCAGAUCUUUCCAGAGGGCAUCCGGAUUUCAAGGCCAACAAAGUGUGCCGAACUGCGCAUUGUCGGCCUUGACGAUUCUGUCACCGAAGAUGACAUAUGUGAGGCGGUUGCGCGCAGGACGGGCUGCUCCCAGGAGGCCGUGCGCGUCAGCGCAAUUCGUGCUGGUCCUGGAGGAGCCGGUUCUGCCAGAAUUCGGUGCCCCGUAGCCUCUGCCAAGAUGUUAGGCGAAGCCAAUCGACUUCUCGUUGGCUGGAGCUCCGCAAAGGUUCAGGUUCUGGAGACAAGACCUAUACGGUGCUAUAAGUGCAUGGGGUUAGGACAUACCUUUCCUCUAUGCACUUCUACCGUGGACUACGCCGGACUUUGUUUCCGUUGUGGAAAACCAGGUCAUAAGGCAAAUACCUGCACUGACGAUCCCCAUUGCCUGGGUUGCGAGGCAGCAAAGCUGCCCGCAAAUCACGCAGUAGGAGGAAAGGGCUGUAAGGCCCCAGCCAAGCCAAAGAGGGGGAAGACGGCCGCCAACAUCCAGGCCACCCCCCAUAGCGAAGUAUUGCCAGACCAAAGGCAACAGGAGAUAGAAAUGAUUAUCGAGGACUCUAAUGGACCAAGUCCGUAA